GCGAGACGCUGAUUCUACCUGAUUCUCCACCUCCCUAGUACAUGCUAUGGAGUGUCUGCAACUCCUUUCAACGUCUCUUCCCUACUUAAGCUUCAAAUCUAGACCACUUAAGAUCACAUUUUCUCGUCCUCAUUUGUUUUCUCGCUUCGCUUUCUUAAGAAAUCUGUCAGCUCCAUCUCAAUUUUCUCACUCUGUACAAUAUGCUACUUCUGAAAGCCAAUCAAGUGCAGGAAUCAGCAACGAAAUAGUUGAAUGGGCAAUGCAAGAUUUUUAUACACUGAGGAAGGAAGUGGAGGUGAUCAUGGAACGUGUUGAAGAAAUAAGGGCCUCUGCUGGUUUGCAUCAUUUAGAAGAAGACUUCCUGGCAUUGGAACAAAAGGCUGCUGAUAGUUCUUUGUGGGAUGAUCGAGCUAAAGCACAGGAAACUCUUCUUGCCUUGACAGAUGUUAAAGACAAAAUUAAGUUGCUUAAUGAAUUCAAAACUCAGGUUGAAGAUGCAGAAACAAUAAUAAAGCUGACGGAGGAAAUGGAAUCCAUAGAUACUGGGCUUCUUGAAGAGGCUGCUAAUAUCAUUAAAGAUUUGAAGAAGGCAUUGGAUCAGUUUGAGUUGACUCAGCUGCUUUCUGGGCCUUAUGACAAGGAUGGUGCUGUUAUCUCUAUUACAGCUGGUGCUGGGGGUACAGAUGCACAGGAUUGGGCUGACAUGCUUCUUAGAAUGUACGUAAGGUGGGGAGAGAAACAGCGUUACAAAACAAAGGUUGUUGAGAAAUCUCUGGGAGAGGAAGCAGGAAUAAAAUCGGCCACAAUUGAAAUAGAGGGUCGUUAUGCUUAUGGGUACUUGUCAGGGGAAAAAGGAACACACCGCAUUGUUAGACAGUCUCCUUUCAAUGCCAAAGGCCUUCGUCAGACAAGCUUUUCUGGCAUUGAGGUCAUGCCUCUUCUUCCUGAAGAGUCCACAGAUGUUGAGAUACCUGAUGAAGAUCUGGAAGUAAGCUUCUCAAGGGCAGGUGGAAAAGGAGGCCAGAAUGUCAACAAGGUUGAAACUGCAGUUCGAAUUGUUCACAUCCCCACUGGUGUCACAGUUCGCUGCACAGAAGAAAGAUCUCAACUAGCAAACAAGAUCAAGGCUCUCAGCCGGUUGAAAGCCAAACUUCUGGUCAUUGCUGAAGAGCAAAGAGCAUCCGAAAUAAAACAGAUAAGGGGAGAUGCAGUGAAGGCUGAGUGGGGCCAGCAGAUUCGCAAUUAUGUGUUCCACCCAUACAAGCUUGUCAAAGAUGUUAGGACAGGGUUUGAGACAUCAGAUAUUGCUUCUGUUAUGGAUGGUGAAUUGGAACCAUUUAUUAAAGCAUACCUCAAGUACAAAUACAGUAGAACCAUGACAGGAGGUGUACAAUAAGACUGGAAAGUUCAUUAAUACAAAAACUUGUUUUUUAUUUUUAUUUUUUUGAGUUGUAUAAUAUAUGCAUUACAUUGAGGAAAUCUCUAAUGUAUAUUCACUCAGUGGUUCCAGCUUUAUUGUCUGCAUAAGAAGGGUUCUUAGAAUGCC